UGGACCUUCUAGAAGCUUUAUUCGAGAGACUUGACGGUGAGUAAGACCCGAAGAGUCCUCGGCGGAGACCAACACGGACGAUGUGCGAUGCGCGUCAGCUCUUCCAUGAAAGAGGAACCGCGCGGAAGGAGAGAUGGACAUCUUUACCGGACUUCCAUCCGUCAAACGUCCACACAUUACCGUGUUAGAAUCGGCACUGGUCCUGCUCCUGCUCCUGGUUCUGACCCAACUUGGCGCUGCUUUUAACUUAGACGCCAGCGACAGCCUCGUUUUUACCGGGCCGCCGGGGAGUUAUUUCGGCUACUCGGUGGAGUUCUUCGCUAACUCUUCGAGUGUGAGCAUCUUGAUCGGCGCCCCAAAAGCCAACACCAGCCAGCCUGGCAUUAUUGAAGGAGGAGCCGUCUUCUUGUGCUCCUGGAGCCAGACUAACUGCAGCAUUAUCAAUUUUGACACGCAAGGUGAUCAGUAUUUUUAUAUAAACGAUGUGAACACUCAGGUUGAGUUCAAGUCCCGUCAGUGGUUUGGAGCGACCGUGCGUUCCCAUGGCAAUAAUAUCCUGGCUUGUGCUCCCAGGUAUUACUGGAGGACGGAACACGACACUCCCUUUGCCGAUGUUACAGGGACUUGUUACCUCUCUGACAGUCUCAAGUCAUUUGUGGAGUACGCCCCCUGCCGAACAGAAAGACAUGGACCUGCAGGACAGGGUUAUUGUCAAGGAGGAUUUAGUGCCGACUUCACAAAGGACGGCAGGGUUGUGCUUGGUGGACCAGGCAGCUUUUACUGGCAAGGUCAGCUGAUAUCAGCCGUGCCUGAGGAGAUUGUUAAGGCCUACUACCCUUCGUACUUUUUACUGUCGGUUGCCGGGCAGAUUCAAACAGGACAGGUGCAGGGCAGCUACGAUGACAGUUACCUGGGUUACUCUGUGGCUGGCGGCGAGUUCAGUGGGGAUGAUGAGGAAGAUUUCAUCACGGGAGUUCCAAAAGGACUCAUGCUGUAUGGUUUAGUGAGCAUAUUCAAUGGAAGGGAUCUGAAGUCACUGCUCAACGUGACAGGAGAGCAGAUGGGGUCCUACUUUGGCUAUGCAGUCGCAGCCACGGACAUCAACAAUGAUGGGAUGGAUGACCUGCUGGUGGGAGCUCCAAUGUUCAUGCGUCGUGGGUCCAACGGGCAUCUGGAGGAGCUUGGGAAGGUUUAUGUGUACCUCCAGAGAGGACCUUUGCAGCUGGAGCCAACUGUGCAGCACCUACUUGGCCAGCAGCCUUUCAGUCGAUUUGGAACCUCAUUGGCGCCUCUGGGUGAUCUCAACCAGGACGGUUUCAAUGACCUGGCUAUUGGCUGUCCCUACGGGGGAGAAGACCAACAGGGACUGGUUCUUAUUUACAAUGGUUACUCUGAAGGAUUGAAGGACACGCCUGCUCAGACUCUCGCUGCCUCAUGGGCUUCCAGCUCUUUUCCUGCCAACUUUGGUUUUGCACUGCGAGGCAACACAGAUCUAGAUCUCAAUGGCUACCCAGACCUGAUUGUAGGCGCUUUUGGGGCCGACAAAACUGUGCUGUAUAGGUCUCGCCCGAUAGUGAACGCGAGUGUGUCUCUGACGGUCCAGCCGACCAUGUUCAACCAAGAAGAGAAGCUUUGUGAGCUUUCCACAGGCACUGGAACCACAGCCGUGUCCUGUGUCAGCAUUGGUUUCUGUGUGCUGGCUGAUGGAAAGCACCUCCCUUCUAGUCUCGGAUUUGUGGUGGAAAUUCAGUUGGACAGAACAAAGCACAACCACAAGGAAUCAGUCAGGAGGACUCUGUUCCUGGAAAGUCAGCAGCCCAGUCUGAUGAGGACCUUGAGCCUCACCAAUGGAGAACGUCUAUGCCAUGACACCAAGGUCUAUCUACGGGCGGAAGAGGAGUUUCGGGAUAAACUCUCCCCGAUAUUCAUUAGCCUGAACUUUAGCCUGGAUCCCCAAGCCCCAGUGGACCAAUAUGGCCUCAGACCUAUCUUGAAUUACCAGACUGAACAGCUAAUAGAGCAGAAGGCCCAGAUCCAACUGGACUGUGGAGAGGACAACAUCUGCGUGCCUGACCUGAAGUUGGAUGUUUACGGUGACAGAACAGAAGUUUACCUGGGUGACGAAAACUCCCUGAGCGUGACCUUCAACGCCAGAAACGAGGGAGAAGGCGGGGCCUACGAGGCGGAACUUUACGUGCUGCUUCCACCAGAGGCCGACUACAGCGGGAUAGCGCGCAACAAUGCGAGUUUGACUCAGCUAACGUGCAGCUACGAGGCAGAAAACGAGACCCGCUUCCUCAAAUGCGAUCUGGGAAACCCCAUGAAAUCUGGCACCAGUUUUUGGGCCGGUGUCCGAUUCACUGUUCCCAGACUCGAGGACACUCACAACACCGUACAAUUUGAGCUCCAAAUAAGAAGUAAAAAUGCUAAUAACUCAGAGAGUGAAGUGGUGCUCUUCCAGCUGGAGGUAGCUGCAAUGGCUGAUGUCAUCCUGCAGGGUGUUUCUCGGCCAGACAAAGUCUUCUUCCCCCCUCCCAAUUGGAGUGUUCGUCAGAGUCUGGUUAAUGAGCAGGACAUUGGCCCUGAGCUCCAACAGGUCUAUGAGUUGGUUAACAACGGCCCCAGUGUUGUCAGUCAAUCCACAUUAGAGGUGAGAUGCCCUCUCAAGGCUCACGGCCACGACCUGCUCUAUCCUGUGGAGGUGGUCACGGAAGGACCCCUUAGCUGCUCUUCUAAACACACCCUCAAUGCACUGAAACUUAAGCUUCAGCCUCCUGCCGCAAAGAUUCCCUCAUCUCUGCAGUCCACACCAGAACAUCUUAUCCAAAAGAGGGAAGUCAAAAGUCCCUUGGCUGAACAUGGAAACUUGACAUGCUCAACCGUGGAGUGCUGGCGGCUGAAGUGUAACGUUGGGCUGCUGGAGAGAGGAGCCAGUGGUAUACUACGUGUUCACUUCCGACUUUGGGCAGAGACUUUCAUUGAGAGGGCCUACAAGCAGUAUCUUUUGGAGUGCUCUGUUCAGUUCACUGUGGACAAGAUGCCUUAUUCCAUUCUUCCAAAAUCAAAGCCAUCUGGCUUUAAAAAGGUGGUGACGUCCGUCCUGUGGAGCAAGCCUGAUAGCAUUUUCUCUGUUCCCUGGUGGAUCAUCGUUCUGGCGGUUCUGGCUGGGCUACUUUUACUCUCCUUGCUCAUCUAUCUGCUGUACAAGAUGGGCUUCUUCAAAAGGUCAGAUCCAUACGGUACAGCCAUGGAGAAGGCCCAGCUUAAACCCCAGGCGUCCUCAGAAGCCUAGAACCAAAGCGGAGCCUCCCGAGCGGCUGGGACAUUGGAAUAAUAUCACAUUGAUAAGCAUGAAUGAGACUUUUGUCAGGAAUCAUUGAUGGACAUGUUGUAUCACUGGAAUACACACAAUCUGGUGCUGCACUAAAAUAUCAGCCACGAAGAAGAAGAAGAUGCCACGCAGGUGAGGAUGUAAUGUCAUAAAGAUAUUGCUUGUUUGGAAUCAGAACAUGGAGGGAACAACAAAGCCUUUGAGUCAAGAGAUCGAAACAACUUUCAGUUCCCUUUUGGGGCGUGAACUUUUUUUUUUAACGAUAAUGUUUCUUGAGUUGUUGCACGGUGAAUGUUAUUCAAAUAUUCAAUGCUUAACAGGCCAUUAUUUCAGCCAACUCCAUUUUAGUCUGGGUGUUAACAAAUACAGUGGAACCCGUUUAUGUGCACACCCCGACUGAUGUCGACAUAACCCAAAGUAGCCAUUGCUCAAGUUGCACUUUUUUUAAAAACUUUUGCUAGCAAUAUAAGGAGAAUAAUAGUAUGACAUACAGUAUGUUUAUAAUCUUAUGUAACAGAGCUGGGCUUAGCGAUAACAGGGACGUUGACAAUGUUGCGACAUUAACUUUUCAUAGAAAAUACCUUUUUGGGUCUCAAAAUUUAUUUGGAUUUCCACUCCCGUCUAGUCCUGGCCUAAUAGUCAAUACAUCAAUUAAUUGCACAUUAAAUGAAAAAUAACUCGAUAAUCGAUACAUUACCAUGUUUGUGUAUGUUUGUUUAAUUUGUUUCUGGCUUUCAACCAGGGUCCAAGAGGGUUCACUCUGUGCAUCGCUUUUAGCACGUGAGCAUGUUUAUUCAAUAGCAAAAUUAAACGAACAGAGUGAACCCCUUUUGUCUCUGUGGGUGGAGGCGGGACAGCGAGCUUACACACUCACACAGAAUGCCCGGAAAGACUUGCUAAUCGCGACUAGGUAGUGAGAAGCGCCACAAGGUAAGAAAAAUUAAGAGAAAAAAAAAUAUGAUUGCAAGGCAUUUUAAAUUUUCCAGGCAUAUUUCGGCUCCAAACCAAAUGAGCAAGAUGAGUCCAUCAACACCAACGAACAAGCAAGUUUUUUUUUUCCAAUUGGAGUAAAAACUGCACUUGUAAAUGUUCAAUAUUUAUUGAAGUUCAAUUUAUGCUAACAGAGAUUGAGAAUCCAAUUGUUUACUUAUUUUAGAAAAAUGUUUUGACCUUCCAAUUGAUAAAAAAUGAUUAGAAAUAAAAUGUUGUGUUUUAUUAAUAAUAUUGGUGUUUUACAGAGAUGUCCGAUAUUAUCGGCCAAUAAAUGCUUUAAAAUGUAAAAUCGGAAAUGAUCGGUAUCUGUUUAAAAAAGUAAAAUAUAUGACUUUUUAAAACGCCGCUGUGUACACGGCCGUAGGGAGAAGUACAGAGCGCCAAUAAACCUUAAAGGCACUGCCUUUGCGUGCCGGCCCAAUCACAUAAUAUCUACGGCUUUACACACACACAAGUGGAUGCAAGGCAUACUUGGUCAACAGCCAUACAGGUCACACUGGGGGUAGCCGUAUAAACAACUUUAACGCUGUUACAAAUAUGCGCCACACUGUGAACCACACCAAACAAGAAUGACAAACACAUUUCGGGAGAACAUCCGCACCGUAACACAACAUAAACACAACAGAACAAAUACCCAGAAUCCCUUGCAGCACUAACUCCCCCCCGCCCACCUCAACCUCCUCAUGCUCUCUCAGGGAGAGCAUGUCCCAAAUUACCAGCUACUGUUUUGAGGCAUGUUAAAAAAAAAUCAUGCACUUUGUGACUUCAAUAUUAAAUAUGGCAGUGCCAUGUUGGCAUUUUUUUCCAUAACUUGAGUUGAUUUAUUUUGGAAAACCUUGUUACAUUGUUUAAUGCAUCCAGCGGGGCAUCACAACAAAAUUAGGCAUAAUAAUGUGUUAAUUCCACGACUGUAUAUAUCGGUAUCGGUUGAUAUCGGAAUCGGUAAUUAAGAGUUGGACAAUAUCGGAAUAUCGGCAAAAAAGCCAUUAUCGGACAUCACUAGUGUUUUAUGGUUACUUGCAUAAUUAGUAUCACAUAUGCUUAAUUUUGGUCUCAAAAUAUACUAACAAUAACAUCGUUUAUUGGCAAUAAUUUAAGGAACAGUAUAUCGACCCAGGCCUACUUGUACUAGUAAUAAGAAGAGAGUUGACUGGGACUUGAUGAGUGUACGGGUUGCAAGACUGACUUAAGCGGGUUCCAUUGUAUACAUUUAUAGUUGUAUGGACAUUAUUUAGCUUCAAAGAGGAUUAGUCACAGGUACAAGGUGAGAUUUUACUCACUGUUGCUUCUACUAACCAGGAGAUGUGACACACGUUGAAAGUUCUAUAAAAGGGCUCUCGAACAAUUCCUAGUUUCUUUUCAUUUAGCUGUUUCUCUUCUCCCGAAAUAAAAACACGCUGGUCGUUUAAAAGCUGGUUUCAGUCCAAGAAACGCAACAAGAGUCCCUAAUGCUUUGGUGUUCCUUCUCUCUGAAAAUAUGUAGUCCUUCUUGCAAUCGAACAGUUUGGUCAAUCUUGGCUUUUACUGAUAUUUUUCCAAAAAAACUACUCACCACUUGUUAUUUAUGCCUGAGUGUCAGUAUGGUUGACUUGUGUACUGUACUGUCAUGCAGGACAAUCCCGAUCAAACUGCAAUGUUGAACUUGAACAUUUCCUCUCCCAUAUUGGGAGGUACUUACUGUGUAUGUUGGAUUGUAUAUGCUAUCUAUGUUGUGCCCCAAAAUAAAGCCUAAUUUUGUAUACAGAGCCCGAAUUUUGCUUGAUGCAGAAGCGCGAGGUAAGCAGUUGCGCUUGAUUGUAAAAGAUGUCUAUGGAGGAGCUGGUCUGAGAGGUAAAAGAGGAGUGUUAAUAUUCAGUG